AUGGGUGUUGUCGCCAAAGGGGCUUGGAUCGUGGGGUGUCGAAAAGUCGAAGGUUUCGGAAUUGCCUUGAACGCCAGCGACUCGCUUGCUUGGAACGCAUUUCCCUCCCCCUCACCCUCAGGGCCACAGCGGCUACCCCCGCCAGCCUUAUUUCAGGGCCCUCCAUCCCACAACGCCUCCAACAUAUCUCUUUCAGUACCGCCAGCUUCAACACUGGCAACACCAGCCGGCACCCAACCUCCGCCCCUCGACCGGAACCAGUCUCGCCGCAGUGAUCGUGCCAACUCGCCCUUUACCUCCAAGCGCCCCUCAAAAAACGAUGUCGACGGAUCAGAUGCCAUUUGGCAGGAGAUGCAAAGCGCUUUAUCCGAGGUUGAAUUGAGCGCAGUAACAAGCGAGCGCGUAUUCGGCGAAAAACACGCUGAAGCAUUGGAGGAUCUGCGCAUGAAACAAUUGAAACUGGCUCAAGCCUGGGCACGUAGUGAAGCAGACGAUGAACUCGUCGAUUCCGGUCGCAAUACCGCAGAUGGAGAAAGCGCUGCUCGACGGCCUGGUUCGGCGGACGGCACCGAUGCUCCAUCGACUGAGCAGCAUUCUACCGGGGACCGUUUCUUACACCAUACGCUUGAUGAGGAGACGGAGAAGGAUAUCAAUCUUGCGCGCAAGCGGCGAGAAGCAAAUGAUCGCUACUUUGACCGCGUCAACCAAGGAGUGCUGGAUGUGGUUGCCAAGCUUGAGGAGGUCUCUCAAGCAAUGCGCACUGUGGAGCGGGAAAGCAAAGAUAUCUGGAGCGACACAGAAAGCGUGACAACGGAUGAAAACUCUACUAACACCGCUCUAUAA